AUGGAAACUAGUAGUGUGUUGAUUAUCAAUCUCCUUGUUUGGUUCUUGCUUCUUGCAAACGUUUUAUCAUUUAGCACCUUUGAGAAACUUGUCUUGCCUCCAAGUGUCACAGGUCCUGAAUCUGCUUCCUUUGACCGAGGAGGUGAAGGUCCUUAUGUGACAGUUGCAGACGGUAGGAUCCUUAAAUGGAAAGGUCCGAGCGUUGGGUUUGUUGAUUUUGCUUACACUUCACCUAACAGGACCAAGAUAGCAUGUGAUGGUACAAAUGAUCUGAAAUUUGGACCAAUAUGUGGGAGACCAUUGGCUCUUAGCUUCAAUUACAAAACCAGUGAUCUCUAUAUCACAGAUGCCUUCUUCGGUCUUUUGGUUGUAGGAUUCAACGGUGGACUUGCAACUCAACUUUCAGGUGGUUACAAGUACCUUUCUGGAAUCGAUGUUGAGUCAUACACUGGAAAUGUUUACAUGACCGAUGCUAGCCUGACUUCUGACUCAACAGGAAGGCUAUUGAAAUAUGAUCCAAGAACUCAACGGGUAACUGUUUUGCUAAGCGGGCUUUCAGGAGGAGGUGGUCCUGCAGUUAGUAGUAGCCGCAACUAUGUUUUGGUUCCAGAUUACAUUAAUAAGAAAAUCCAGAGGUAUUGGCUGCAGGGACCAAAAAAAGAGACAACUGAGGUAUUUCUAACUGACUGCGGGAGCCCAAAAACUAUUAAAAGGGCAGUAAAUGAUGGAGAGUUUUGGGUGGCAGUUGAAAAACAGGUCCAACAGCAACCCGUGCUCACUGAACCUCAAGGUCUAAGGGUUAAUGGGUCUGCAGUAGUGCUUCAAACAGUCCCCCUUACCCAAUUCUCGGACAUGACUCUUGCAGUGGUUCAGGAGAGCAACGAUGCACUAUAUGUGGGUUCGAGUUACACGGAUUUUGUUGGUGUUUACAAGAAUUAG